CCCAAGUAGGAGCUAUUAUGGCCUUUCUACCAAUGAAGUGACUGAGCCACAGAGAUGUGCAGUAACUUGCCCAAGCUUCCCGCAGCUUCGGCCACCCGACCAGCCAUGUCUCUCAGCGGAGCUUCUGAGCGCAGCGUCCCGGCCACCAAGAUUGAAAUUACCGUAUCCUGCCGGAACCUGCUGGACCUCGACACCUUCUCCAAGUCCGACCCCAUGGUGGUGCUGUACACGCAGAGCCGGGCCAGCCAGGAGUGGCGGGAGUUCGGACGGACCGAGGUGAUCGAUAACACGCUGAAUCCAGACUUUGUGCGCAAAUUCGUCCUUGACUAUUUCUUUGAGGAAAAGCAAAACCUGCGCUUCGAUGUGUACAAUGUCGACUCCAAAACGAACAUCUCCAAACCGGAUUUCCUGGGACAAGCGUUCCUGGCCCUGGGAGAGGUGAUCGGAGGCCAGGGCAGCCGCGUAGAGCGACCCCUCACGGGUGUACCAGGCAAGAAGUGUGGGACCAUAUUGCUGACUGCAGAGGAGCUUAGCAAUUGCCGGGAUAUUGCCACCAUGCAGCUUUGUGCAAACAAGCUGGACAAGAAGGACUUCUUUGGGAAAUCAGACCCCUUCCUUGUGUUCUACAGGAGCAAUGAGGAUGGCACGUUUACCAUCUGCCACAAGACAGAGGUUGUGAAAAACACGCUGAAUCCUGUGUGGCAGCCCUUUAGCAUCCCUGUGCGGGCAUUAUGCAAUGGAGACUACGACAGAACAGUGAAGAUUGACGUGUACGACUGGGACCGGGAUGGAAGCCACGACUUCAUCGGUGAGUUCACAACCAGCUACAGAGAGCUGAGCAAGGCCCAGAACCAGUUCACAGUGUAUGAGGUACUUAACCCUCGGAAGAAAUGUAAGAAAAAGAAAUAUGUCAACUCGGGAACUGUGACGCUGCUUUCCUUCUCUGUGGACUCUGAAUUCACUUUUGUCGAUUACAUCAAGGGAGGGACACAACUGAACUUCACAGUAGCCAUUGAUUUCACAGCUUCCAAUGGGAAUCCCCUGCAGCCCACCUCCCUGCACUACAUGAGUCCCUAUCAGCUCAGCGCCUAUGCCAUGGCCCUCAAGGCAGUGGGAGAAAUCAUCCAGGACUAUGACAGUGAUAAACUCUUCCCAGCCUACGGCUUUGGGGCCAAGCUGCCUCCUGAGGGACGGAUCUCCCAUCAGUUCCCCCUGAACAACAAUGACGAAGACCCCAACUGUGCGGGCAUUGAGGGCGUGCUAGAGAGCUACUUCCAGAGCCUGCGCACAGUGCAGCUCUACGGGCCCACCUACUUCGCUCCUGUCAUCAACCAGGUGGCCAGGGCUGCAGCCAAGAUCUCUGAUGGUUCCCAGUACUAUGUUCUGCUCAUCAUCACGGAUGGGGUCAUCUCUGACAUGACACAGACCAAAGAGGCCAUUGUCAGUGCCUCCUCCCUGCCCAUGUCUAUUAUUAUUGUUGGUGUGGGACCAGCCAUGUUUGAGGCAAUGGAAGAGUUGGAUGGUGAUGAUGUGCGCGUGUCCUCUAGGGGACGAUAUGCAGAGCGGGACAUCGUUCAGUUCGUCCCAUUCCGAGACUAUGUCGACCGGUCAGGGAACCAGGUGCUAAGCAUGGCCCGACUAGCCAAGGAUGUGCUGGCUGAGAUCCCGGAGCAGCUACUGUCCUAUAUGCGCACCAGGGACAUCCAGCCUCGCCCUCCACCACCUGCCAACCCCAGCCCAACGCCAGCUCCAGAGCAGCCCUGAGAUCGCAACUAUCCAUUGCCUAGCAGUCUACCGCCUGCCCACCUACUGCUUCUGCUGAAACCCAGAGGCACCUGGAACCCUGGAUGUCACUGGGAGGCCAACUUGGAGGAUCAGAGCUGGCUGAUCAAGCCCUCCGCUCCCUCAUCCAGAAGGGCCUAGCACUAUCACCACCUCCCUGCCUUCAUGCCAGUAAUAAAGCUGAUCUUUACUCCA